UUCGAUGCUGGUUUGUUAAAGAAAAGAACUUAAAUUGUAAAUUCAGUGCUCAACUGUCUCAGUUUACUUGAUAGCUCUGAAAGCAUUUUUCUCUUUAGUCAAGGAAGCGUGAAAUGGAAUGUUUUAUUCAUUAUCAUAUUCAUUCAUUCAUUUUCACUCUUUGUUUUUAUUGGGAAAAACAAUCUCUUGAUUAAUCAAAGAACGAAUGGAGUUGUAAGUGAAGCGUGAAGAAAGAUGUUUUCCUGUAGAGACGUAUUAAAGGUAGUCAUGCCUUGUUGACGGACGCAUUAACGAAAUACGAGACUAGGUGAGAUCAAUCAAAGUAUUCACAGCUCUCGCCGUUUGCAUCGCGUUGAGCCCUAAACUUAGGGAGUUUUACACACUGCGACCUUAUUGCAGUCCUCAGUGAGUGAAAUCAGCCGUGAUGGCAAAAGCCUGUUUACUUACAGCCAUCGUUUUGCAUCUAGUCACCGUCAUUCAAGGUAACAACAAGUGCUCUGAACCAUGCUUGAUAUACAGCGUAGGAUCUAAAAUUAACGCAAUCGAACUAAAUACCUCCAAAACAGCUACCAUUAUUCCCAACCUUCAACAAGCAGCUGCCCUUGAUGUCCAUGUUAGCGAGAAAACAAUCUACUGGAGUGAUAUCAACUUACGCGUCAUCACACGAAUGAACAUGUCUAGUGGAAAAAUUGAAGAGGUCAUUACAGACGAUCUCGGGACUGUGUACGGCCUCGCUGUGGAAUGGGAAAGUCACGUAAUGUACUGGUCAGACUACAGUAACGGCUGGAUAGAAGUUGCUUCACUGGACGGUUCCCAAAGGAAGUUACUCUUCAUGGAGGAGGUUAACAGGCCACGGGGAAUAGCACUGCACCCAAAGAAAGGGUGGAUGUUUUGGGCAGAUUGGGGAUCCCCACCUAGAAUCGAACGGGCAAGUCUAGCUGGUGUAAAUCGAACUACACUAGUUGAUCUAAGCAGUUCUUCACAGUACUGGCCAAAUGCGGUCUUCGUGGACUAUACUGAAGAUCGCGUCUACUGGAUUGACUCCUACGAUGACGUGAUUGAUUCCACUGACUUAAAUGGGCAGAAUAGGCAAUUGCUCUCUGGAGACAUUCACCCUUCACAAAACAUGUAUCCCUUUGACUUCACAGUCUAUAGCGACAUACUUUACUGGAGCGACUGGAAUACUGACAGUAUUGAGAGACUCAAUUGGAGUUCAGCGGAUUACAUAGGAAGACUUGUCAGUGUGAAAUCCAACCAGCCUUUUGGCAUCGCCUUACUUGACCAGUCACGACAACCAUCUUACGCAGGAAACCAGCAAUGCAAAGUAAACAAUGGAGGCUGCAGUCACUUAUGUCUUUUGACGCCUGAUGGAUUUUCGUGUGCCUGUCCGGAUGGUUUGCUAUUGUUAUCGGAUGGAAAAAACUGUCAAACAGGUAAAAACGUUUUGUUUUCAUCAAUUUAUCAUUCGCCUUUAAUUUAAACUUUGCUUUUCUUUAGACGUGACGAAUACGCUGCUCCAUAUAUUUCAUAUCCUCGACAUGGAUCCCUUUCUAUUUGCAUUAUUGUUUUCAUUUAUUCACAGUGCCCCCAAUUAGCACAACAGUGCUAAAUACAUUUUCCAUACAAGGGA